AUGGCAGAGAGCCUCAUCAAUAGCGAGCGCUCGCUACUGAGAUUUGCGGGUCAAUGCGAUGAUGCCGCGUCAGGUGAGUCAAGGGACCGAUGGAUGCCUAGUGGGUCCCCGAAGGCUGAUAUUCUCUAGGCCUCCUCCGCUUUCGAGAGAGUUUACCUCGACAUGCGCCUAAACUUACGGGAUUGAUUGCGGAUCUGUUUGCCAUCAGUUCUGCACUUAGGCAGAUACACAAAGACAAUCGCAGUCAUGGAUCCUCCUUCCCGACAAUCGACGAAUCUUUGGUACUGGUGCUUAAAAGCCUCAAGUUCACCCUGGAGAAUGGGAUCUUCGUCAUGUUUGCGAGCGAGCAGCCACCGCAAGUUGCCUGGGAGGACCUCAAUCACCGCAUGGAGAGCUUGGAACGAGUCGACUUUCUUCAGAGACUUGAGCUGUAUCGCGACACUCUGGACGCUCUUGCCUUCAGCCUUCGUGACGGAUCCGAAAUUCCAAGGGAUGACGUGCGGCAGGUGCAGCAACUUCUGGAGACUCAGCAGGCAGCACAGCGUCGAUCCCGCAGACUGAGCUCACUUCCGGGGACCGCAACGCCGCGGCCCCGAAUCAAUCGUCUCAAUACACCUGUCAGUCCUACUGUCGUGAGCGAUGAAUGGGAUAAGCACGCCACUGUCGACCCUCCGAGAUUCAAUGGAGCUCCUGAGCCGCCUUUGUCUCCAACAUACACCUCGAACUCAUCGCAUACCAUGUCUUCCAGUCAGACUUCAUAUGGGAGUGAUCCCUAUUUUCCACCUCCAUCGGAACCCUUGGCGCACUGGGCACAAGACGUCUAUAAUGGCAUGAAUCCUCUAAACCGCUAUCGACAAAUAGACAGCCAGCUCGAUGACAGAUCUGCUUGUUAUGGCACAGUAGAACCGGAAGCACUGCAUCAUCUGGUACGUGAUGGCUUUCAGCGCGCUGUAGAACUUGCAUUCGAUGCACACCGACUUUGGGUUCGCUUGUACUGGCGGAACAGCGACCAUCGAGCUCGAAUUCUCGUCAUCACCAAGGACAGCGAGGGUCGCAGGCUCUUGUACUGUACACCUUUGACCAAUCUGAAGAUCAUCAGGAACAAGUCGCAAGUCUCUCUCUCUUGCCUCGCAACGCGAAGAACGCUAACAGCAGAAUAGCGUUCUGCAACUGUGUCGUUGCAGUCGCGGCGACGGGCGAUUUUCCCUCUGGGCAAGACUCAACUUCGUAUUCCACGAGAGAAUGGUCCUCUUCUACUGCACGUUCGUGGCUAUGAAGCGCCAAGACGAGCGUCCAGUCCCUCAUGACGACCUCCUCGAUCGCUUCGAUCUGGAAGAUGACACGUGCGGCGAGCAGGAACUCUUCGCCGGUCAGAUCCAACACGGACAGAUGUUUCACGCUCUGCGCCUCUGGAGGGACACAAGCUCCAACGUGGUCCGCCUUGAAGCCUCUGCCCUUCGCGGGCCCCGGAAAGGUGUUCCGAUCUGGACUGUUUUCGUGACGAGAUACGCUCACGAUCCCGACUGGCCGCAAUACGAGGGACAAGGGCUUGUUAGUCUCGCGGCGACCACUCCACCAGCCGCCGUUUUCAUCUCGCGCUUCGAGCCGCCGAUGAAAACUUCCCGGAAAUACGUCCUACCUUUUACGACAGAUGAAGGUGCGCUCUGCUCUCCUCUCGCCAGGACCUACCCGAUAGAUCAUGCUAACUUUAUCUUUGCCAGAUGCGGAGAUGUUCAUGGACGCGUGGGAAAACCUGGCACGCACGCACGGGAGACACGUGUAA